AUCGCGACUAUACUAAUAACCGCACGCGAGACACACUGGUGCUCGCUGGCCGUUGCUGACAUGGGCCCGCUCAGAUGUGACAUCGUCGAACGGCUGCGCAAGGCGCCGAUGUUCAUCUCAUUCGUACUGAUCGCGAACAUCGCCCGCAGUGGUGCAACGUCCGAAACCCGUAUCGAGCAGAUGCAAAUUUAUCAGUACGACAAUUACGAGGAAUGCCGUCACACGUACAGCGAUUUUGUGUACUGUAGUACAAAGGCGCACCUGACACCAAGCUUGGAUUCAGCGCUUUGGGACGAGAUAAUGAACUAUUCAACACAUCCACGUCAUUUCGAUCGACGAACGAUCGAAGUUGGAGCGUGUGUUCAAAGGUGCAGACCUUCCUUUGACAGUGCAAUACAUAAUGUAUCAGCAGAGCUGCAGCGAUGCAUUGAACGGAAAAUGUGGUCACAAUAUGAGCUGAAUUCAACCAUUGAAAUCAUGCGCUGUAUUUACGCGGACGAAACAUUGACAGAAACCAGUACCGGAAUAGGUGUGGCUGAGAUUGGGUUCCUGUGCUUCGCGUUAGGGGCGAUAGUGCUGGCAAUUUUUGCCUCCUGGUCGGACAAUCCGCAGCAAGGAUGUACAGCAGAUAAGAAGAUUGCAAACACCGGCAACCUGCUGCAAUGCUUUUCCCUGGCUCGCAACUUACCGAAGCUGAUUGAGCGGGAGACUAAUCUACGCCAUCUUGACGGCAUCCGUGCACUGACGAUGUUAAUUAUUCUGCUGACCCAUUCCACCAUUCCCUUGAUAAGGAUGCCGCUGAAAAAUGCUAACGAUCUGGAAGCCCAAUUCAGCCAACCAUGGUUCCCGGUUGCGAUGGCCGGCAAUACGUACACGGUGCAGAUAUUCUUCGUCAUCGGAGGCUUGCUGUUGGCCGUCAACACACUGGAGCAAUUUAAGCACCGUGACAAUGUUGGUCUGGCCUAUUUUUUGGAUCGAGUAAAAAUUCGCCUAAUCAGAAUACUUCCGCUGUAUCUGUUUGUGAUCCUUUUCCACGCGUCAUGGUACCCUCGGCUGUACGAAGGACCGAUUGGUGAUCGUUUCAAGGAUCAUUGCACAACAAACUGGUGGACCAAUGUCGUGUUUUUGAACAACUACAUCAAUGCAAGCGAACCGUGCAUACAGUUUGCCUGGUAUCUAGGGGCAGACUUUCAACUUUAUCUGCUCGGUACAGCGUUAAUGAUCGUAAUGCGGAUUCCGAAGCUGUUUAAACCUACCUUAGUGUGUAUGUUGCUUGGCGCCUUUCUGGGACCGAUGAUCGUCAUUUAUCGAUAUCACCUGGAUGCUACAGUGAUGAUGAUACUACGAUACGUUCUUCAAGAAAUUCGCACAUUACCAUACUACUUGCGCGUGUAUAUUCCAUUCGAGACAAAUGCAGGCAACUAUUUUUUCGGUAUGCUUGCUGGCAUUGCUUAUUCCCGCCUAAAGGAUAACCCCUCGGCCACCAGUAUACUAAAGCUAAACUAUCUGCUGCCUAUAAGCGCUGCGUUUUUCCUAGCAAUGAACGGCCUCACUAUGCUGCUACCCUCCGAUCACUUGAGCCAACCGUCGAUCGGUCUCGCACUGUUCGGAACAAUGCUGAAAAGCGGCUGGGGAAUAUUUCCCUCCGUAUUAUUGCUUUACAUAGCAUUUGAGAAAAGACCGGCCUGGUUAGUUGCAGCCCUACAACAUCCGAUAUUGCUGGUUGCGUCCAAAUUAAGCUACAGCAUAUACCUGAUACAGUAUGCAAUAGUUUACACGGUGUACAAGCACAUCACCUAUCCGCUAGUGUAUAACAGUUUUACCAUUCUUCUCUUUACAGCAGCGAUCGUCAACAUCACGUUCUGUGUAGCAUUUUUGUUACACAUUUUUAUUGAGCUUCCAUUUAAUUUAUUCCUCAAACAAAUCAUGGGCAAACCUAAAGCGAAAGUCUAAUUGUUUUUAACUUACUCAGCAAAAAUAGAAAUAAGGACGAAUUUAUACUUGGCCUGCCAUUUCUGGCUUUCUGUGACCUAAUUUUACCCGUAGUAAAGUAGUCAGCCCUACGCACGGGGAGGCGGUCAGGAUGGGAUUUCAGCCCUGGUUCUGUCGUGUGAAGACCGGCGCCGUUUUUCGCCUCGACCACCGCUCCGCCCCAAAACCUAUAUUUAUACACCUAUCGCUUUUCUUUUUUGUACAAAAUAAGUUUGAUCAUCCGAAUUUUAAUGUUUUUUGUAAAUGUGGUUUUGAACGUAAACUAAUGUCACGUCGCGUUCAAACAUUUAUCAUUAACUUAGUCCUUGUAAGAAACUCUAAACUGUUCCAGUUAAAACAUUUGUUUCAUGAAAAGUCUAACUACUGGAAAAUUGCACUAGCACAAUUUUGCCAGCACAAAGCAUCUGGAUCUGCCAUUACUCGGUUUCAUCGCAGAUCGCUUCAACACAGUGGACGAAAACUUAACCCAUAGUUAUAAUUAAUUAAUAUUUAUUGUAAGUGAAAACGAUGAGGCCGUAUUAUUUGUUUUUAAUAGAUUUAAGUACUUUCAAGAUAAGCAUUUUUUUUAGUUGGCUUCUAUUUACUUCUCGGUUAAGGGUAGAGCUUGGUUCCUUCAAACCUACUUGCAUCCGAUUUUCGACAGGUUAGUCCGUACCUUUCAGACGGACCAAGAGUCUGGCAUCCUCAUCACGUGCCACAUCCAUCUGCUCCUCCUGCCAGUAGAAUCAAUCAACGGCGGAAUGGCGGAUGGCGGAAUUGAUUGGAUUAGCGGUUGAUUUAAAUGUUGACGAAGCGAGGCAUUUUUGACGAUGAAUGAGUCAGUAGCUUUGAAAUGCUUGGGACAAGAACCUUGGAGCCCUUUUCAAAAAGAAAGAAGUAAAAAGUAUUUUUUU